CUGAUUUAUUAUUAAUAAUUUCAUAAAUUACUUCGCAAAUAACUUUUUGAGCUCAUACAUGUGCCAGGCAUUGUGCUGAGCCUAUCACAGACUCCGGGGGACUGAUGCAGCACUAUUUCUACUUCCAGAAGCAGAUACUGCGGCGCGCCCGGGAUAGGUGACAGCUCAGAUCUCUAAAGGCAGGAAUGAGGCCCUGGUCUUCUGCAUCCCGACUAACUGUGCUCUCCUGCAAGCCACUUCCAGAUCCACUGUUUACCUCCACUCUGUUCGGGUUGACUGGGAGACACAUUUCCCCUAAAUUCAAUCGGGCUCCUAGAGUCAGUCAGGAGCAAGCGGGCUUGAGACGAAAGGCCAGGUCCAUCGGCCCUACCGGCCCCCACUCCCCCGCCCCCAACCCAGUCCCGGGACAAAAGAGAGUGGCAGCCCUCCUGGAAGAGGAGGGAAGGGAAGCCCUAGCGCGUCCUCCAGCCGCCGGGGCGGGAGGAAGUGGAUCGGAGGCCGGGGCGGGUUUGGGGCCGGGCCGGACUGGGCGCGUGAGCCCGCCCUCGGAGGACCUGCCGGCCAUGGCGCUGCUGGUGGCCGCGCUGCGGGUCCUGCUGGGCGGCUUCUUCGCGCUCACGGGGGCGGCCAAGCUCUCGGAGCAGAUAUCGGCUUCUGCGGCGCAGCAGAUGAAAGCCCUGUUCGAGCAGUUCGCCGAGGUGUUCCCGCUGAAGGUGUUCGGCUACCAGCCAGAUCCCAUAAGCUACCAGGUGACGGUGGGCUGGCUGGAGCUGCUGGCUGGGUUGCUGCUGGCCCUGGGCCCACCGAAGCUGCAGGAGAUCAGUAACUUCCUCUUGAUCGUGCUCAUGAUGGGGUCCAUCUUCACGUUGGUGUCUCUGAAGGAGUCACUGAACACCUGCAUCCCGGCUGUCGUCUGCCUGGCUCUCCUGGUACUGCUGGAUAUCUGCCAGUUCUUAGUCAGAACCGAGAAGGUGGACAGUCCCACAAGGAAGAAGAUGCCAAGUUUAGCCAAGGGAUCCUGAGAGUAGGGCACCUCUUACCUCUCGGUGCCAUGUCACUGUCACAGAGGGACACGGAGUCAACCCCCUUGUUACCAAUACAAUACGUCCAGGAUCAGAGUAUGGCCACCGUUGAAGUAGAUGUCUUGUCUACCGGGGCCAACUUUCUCUCUGGGACAUUGGCUGCUCUUUUUGAUAUUUCCUAGCAUUCCUCUUGUCAUGUGAAAAUAAGCAGAAAAGAAAUUUAGCCCAACAUGUUAAUGCCCCAAAAUAACUAUUUUCUAUUCCAUUGUUUAACUGUACUUUUCUAUGCUUCUAUACAGAUU